GUCGUGUGUGUGUGUUGGUGUGUGCAGUGAAAGUGAACGGUCUGCUCCGCUCAUUCAGCGCGAGCUCAUCACAGUCCACGCACACAGCUACACACUGACACCCUCAAAGAGCCCGUCUGUCCUCCAGCAGCCCAGCCUCUCCUUCACCGGGAUAGGGGAAAACAGCCGCUUUUCCUCCCCACAACCUCCACCUUUCCGCGGGCAUGCAUCAUCAGCACCGGGAGCGCCGCUGGAGUCGCGCGUGGAUCAGCGUUUGCAGAUGCACUUUAUAUUUAUUUCUAGUUUUGAGCCUGGAGCGGAGCGCCGUGCACUCAGCACAUACAGAUGGAUCAGACACAUUUGCGUUUUUCCACGAGGGUGCACAGGGCUGUUUGGGGGUCCGAGACCACGUGCUCCACCUGUCGUCAUCCUGUAAGGGUGAAGCCCAGCUAUGGAAAUGGGUGACCAGGAGUCGGCUCUUCAACAUCGGCUCAUCCCUCUGCCUGGGCAUCACUGUGGGCAACGUCAGCACAUUUGGUGACAGGUCACCGCUCGGUGUGUUUCGCUGCGACUACGAGCCUCCACGGGUGCGCUGGACCUGGAGCUGCAGCAAGUUCUUGGAGACGCUUGAAACGCACUUGGCCUCUCCUAAAUUACUCCUCAACAGUGGUAAUGUGUCAACAACUGCAAGACCACCAUCCAAGAAGCUUCUCUGGAGAGUCUAUGACAAUCAAGACCUAUGUGCCAAGUCAUACCGAGAAAUCUACACCAUCCGAGGAAACUCUCACGCCAGCCCAUGUUAUUUCCCCUUCCUAUACAACGGUCAGUGGUUCCACAGCUGCACCAGUGUGGGCAGAGAAGAUGGUUUUCACUGGUGUGCCACGACCCACGAUUAUGGAAAGGACCAGCGCUGGGGCUUCUGCCCAAUAAAGAGUGCUGACUGUGAGACGUUUUGGGACAUAAACUCUUUGAUGGAUAACUGUUACCAGUUUAACUUUCAGGCUACACUGUCUUGGAGUGAAGCGCGGACCAGCUGCCAACAGCAGGGAGCAGAUCUGCUCAGCAUCACCAAAGUAGAGGAACAAAUCUAUGUCAAUGGUUUGCUCAUCGGAUACAGUGCCACCCUGUGGAUGGGUUUGAAUGAUCUGGAUCUGAACGGUGGCUGGCAGUGGGCUGACUCCGCCCCUCUUAAAUACCUAAACUGGGAAGCAGAAAUGCCAAGUUACGACGAGGAAGAAAACUGUGGUGUGAUCAGCACUGAUGCUCAGGGCCGCUGGCACAACAGAGACUGUUCAGUGGCUCUGCCUUACAUUUGCAAGAAACGACCUAACGCCACACUCGACCCCUUCACCACAGACUCGUGGGCAGAUGAUGGCCAUUACCAGUGUGACGUGGGCUGGCAGAACUUCCAGACGGGCUGCUAUUGGCUGAACUCAGACAAACUGGACUGGAGAUCAGCUGACAGAACAUGUCAGAAGAUGGAGGCUAAUCUUGUUAGCAUACACACCCUGCCAGAGCUCGAGUACAUCACGAAACAUAUGAAGAAAGAUAUAGAAGAGUUGUGGAUUGGUCUUCAUGAUACAGCAAUGCAGAUGAACUUUGAAUGGACGGAUCGCACUCCAGUCAUCUUCACUUACUGGCACCCGUUUGAACCCAACAAUUUUCGAGAGGUUAAUGAGGACUGUGUCACCAUCUGGGGCCCUGAGGGCCGCUGGAACGAUAGCCCAUGUAAUUACUCUCUGCCCUCCAUCUGUAAGAAACCGGCCCAGAAAGCUGACGACCGGAUACAAGACCACGGCUGCAAACGGGGAUGGAAAUGGCACAGUCCCUCCUGUUUCAAAGUUGGAGAGGAAUCCCUAACUUUUAAAGAUGCAAAAGAAAUGUGCAUUAGCAACAAUGCCACUCUCGCCAUAAUUAAUAACAGGUUUGAGCAGGCGUUCGUGAGCAGUCUGGUGUUUGGACGAACUGAUGAUCAGUUUUGGCUCGGCCUUAAUAACGAAAACAGCUCCGGCACAUUUGGCUGGAUAACCGGAGAUGAGCUCACAUACACCAACUGGAACAGAGACCAGCCAGCGCAGGUAAAGGGUGGCUGUGUGGUGAUGGUGGCGGGUCAGGCUAUGGGCCUGUGGGAGGUGAAGGACUGUGCCAGCAUUCGCUCCAAAUACAUCUGCAAACAGAAUCAGGGCUCAUCUUCCAUUCCCAGUCCUCCUGCGCCUGUGCCUACACCCUCCCUGACCGGAUCAUGCCCUUCAGGGUGGAAAAGCAGCAACUCGUUCAGGCACUGCUACAAGGUUUUUCAUGCAGGUGCACUGGAAAAGAGGCUGACGUGGAUCCAAGCACACAAGUUUUGCCAGAAACACGGAGCUCAGCUGGCCAGUUUCAGCACACCGGAGGAGGAGGCAUUCGUCUUCCAGAUCCUCCACGAGGCCUUUGGGGAGGCGGAGGAACAUGAGCAGCACUGGCUGUGGAUCGGAAUCUCUCGCCGCAAUAGUGACAGUUGGACAUGGAGUGACGGAUCAGCUGUGACCUAUCAGAACUUUGGACGGGGGAAUUAUGGGUCUGCUGAGUGCGGAGCUGCUAACAUGGCCGACACCAACUGGCUGGUGUCCCACUGUGAAUCUGAGCUAGACUGGAUCUGCAAAAUACCCAAAGGGAAAGUAGAAGAGGAACCUGAGAGCCACGAAGACACUGGUUUAGAGUGGGUUGACUUUGAAGAGGCUCAGUAUAAAAUGUUUGAGCAUCGCUCCACGUGGGACCAGGCUCAGAGGAUCUGCUCCUGGUUCGAGGCCUCUCUGGUCUCCAUGCACAGCCCAAAGGAGAAUCAAUUUUUGGUUAGCACUUUACGCAAGAUGUCCCGUCAAGAAAAUGAACUGUGGUGGGUCGGAUUACACACAUUUAAGAACGAUGGGAGAUUCCGGUGGUCUGAUCAUUCAGUGCUCAACUAUGUGUCUUGGGGGCCAGGACAGCCUCGACCAAUCAGCAAAGAGACAAAAUGUGUCCAAAUCUCUGCCUCAAAAGGUGACUGGUCAGACCAGAGGUGUCAUGUGGAUCUUCCGUAUGUGUGUAAGAGAGUAAAUGUGACGGGCACAAUCCCUCCCACACCCUCCCUGCCUCUCACACCCGCUGGCUGCCCUCAGGGCUGGACUCCUUUUUUACACAAGUGCUAUAAGGUGUUUGGAGAGGAGCUGUCGAGUCGCAGCACUUGGGACGCUGCUUCUAAGACGUGUCUGACACAAAGAGCCACACUGGUGACGGUGCCCAACCACAGAGUUCAGGCGUUCCUCGUGACUCUGCUUCCCAACAGCAGUUUUCAUUUGUGGGUCGGACUCACUUCAGAAUCACAGGCUCAGUUCAAGUGGUUUGAACCUGGUUUUCUCAGCUACACUAACUGGGCCCCUGGAGAACCAGUGGACAACAAACAAAUGAAAAGCCCGGGUAACUGUGUUUUGCUUCUGCAUGGUAGUCCUCAGCGGAUUACAGGCAUGUGGGCGUCUCGCAGGUGUGAUGCAGAGAAACAUGGCUUCAUCUGCAUGAAGGAUAAAGACCCUGCCCUGUCACCUGGCGUGGAUCGUCUUCCCCCAUCAUUAGAUGGUCCUUUAGAGUUUGAUGGUGUUCAGUACCGGAUCCUGCAGAAGCGUCUGGAUUGGCAUUCAGCUCUGCAAGUGUGUGAAUCAGUCAACGGGACACUGGCUGCUGUACGGGAACCUCGGCAGAAUGCUUACCUCACCCUUCUCCUCAGCACUCUCCGGAAACCUGCCUGGAUUGCUCUACACAAUGAAGGGGGGCGGAGCUACUCGUGGUUGGGUGAAGAGGAGAUCACAUUCAGUGACUGGCGGGACGGAGAGCCCAAUCAGAUGUACGGUUGUGGUCACAUGACCACUGAGGGCCAGUGGACUGUGGCUGCUUGCAAUACAAAAUUAAAUGCAGCCAUUUGUGAAAUGAACACUGAGAAGACAAAAGAGCAUCGAUGGAUGUAUCCUGGUGUUUGCCCACAGCCUGUUGGUAACUGGUCCUGGAUUCCUUUCAGAAAUCACUGCUACUCCUUCAUCCUACACGAACUACAGUUCAAGCAGGAGGCCAUUCGCAUGUGUAGCAAAGUUGGUGCUAAGCUGUUGUCAAUAUUGGAUGAAAACGAGAAUGGGUUUGUAUGGGAGCACAUGCAGAGUUUUCAACAACAGGCUCACGGCGCUUGGCUAGGAAUGAUCUUUAACUCUAAAGAAGGCAGUCUGGAGUGGUCCAGCGGUGAAAUUGUGGAUUACAGUAACUGGGAGCAGCAGGAUGCUAAUCUGAGCAUGCUAUCUGCUAACAGCUGCUUCUGGGUGAAGAGCAACACGGGCCUCUGGAGGCCUGAAUCCUGCAAAAACCGCACUCAUGGAGUCAUCUGCAAACGGCCACGAGGACCCACAGCAGAGCCUGUGAAUAGCUCUGAAGUAGACCAUCUGCACGUGUUGAUUCAGGUCCUGGUGGCGGUGCUUGUUCUGAUGGCUCUGGUAGUGGGCGGGGUGUACCUGUAUCGUAGGCGGAGCUUCGGCUCCACAGGUGCCUUUGAGAGUGCUCGGUACAGCCGCACUAACUCCACCCCCUCUGAAGAAGCCGAAAAAAACAUUCUCGUUUCAGACAUGGAGUUAAACGAACAGGGUGAAUAAUGAUGGAUGUGCUUGAAACACCUAGGAAAACAAAUCUGCUGCGGCAGCAAACAACUUGAGGAAAUUUACGUUUAAGAGGGAAAAAAGGGAUUUCGUUUUUGUGAGAGACAUCGAGAGCUGUGUAGAACGCAGCAGAUUAUCAACCAAAUUCAACAGAGCCUUUUUUUAUUAAAGUGCAUCAAUCUAGACCUGUCAACCAAUCAAAUCUCAGAGGAGCUGCUUGGAUUGGCUGGUGUGGAUUUCCUUUUUUUUUUUUUUUUUGCUUGUCAUUAUCUGGCUAUGGGAAUACUGUUCCUAUGUGUAUAUUUUCAUGUCGUAAUAAUCCUGUUUAGUGCCAAAGGGAACAAAAUUUACAACAAAAAACCCUGCAUUCUUCCCUGUUAUAUAGUAUGCUAAAAAAACUGUAUGUGAGCCGAGUACUGCAUCCCAAUUCAUGUUAUUUAAAAAACAGAAGACCCAAAUGAUGACCCAUAUAUAUAUUCCUUAAAGGUGCAGUAGGUGAUCGGUCAAAAUGCUUACCGGUUAGCAUAAUAUCUUUGAAACACAGUACCAUGCUUGCUGUCCAAACCACACCUCCUGAAACCACGAAUACGUGCACCUUAAAUAUGACAGCAGACAACACACUAGAUCAUGUCAUUCGCCAGUUAAGAAACUUUAAAGUUCUUUAUUAUUUACUAUUCCGAACAAUAAACUAUUAUAACUAGCACAUUUUCGCCUAUGUAGUUUAGCAUGCAAAACUUGUCAUAAUGCAAUAUUUCAUGCAUGCCAGGUUAGCUGGUCUCACUCUCUCACACUUUGUCCUAAAGCAACUACUGUACGCUUAGUGGUCGGCUGGCGGUGUGCAGGAAUUACACCCAUUACUAAGCCAUACCUACAUGCUAUUUCAGAGCGAAUAUUCUGAGUAGCAUGGUAAACAAUGAAGGGAGCGCUUCAAAGGUCGUCAUUGUGCAAAAUCGAACCAAUGUGAAUUUAAAACUAACUUCAGCUCAGUAAAGCAGGCUAGGCAAAAUAGCGCUAUUUACUUCUGUUGUUGUUAAACUAAAUAAAAAUCUAAAUUAUCGAUGCUGUAAAAGGUCUUUUAUGAAACUGAAAAUAGUCACAUCAAUCGUUCACAGGAAGAUUUCAGUGGCUGAACAACACUUCUGUGUAUAUAACCAUUCAUAAUACAACACAAUCUACAUCAUCUUUGCGUGAAUAAAGUUUUAAAACAGAACAUUACCUGUCUAAAAGAAAUACUUCAGCCCUAGUGUCGUCUUUCCUCCAACUUGCAAAAGUGACUCCAACCUAGAUUCAGGAUUUGAAAAAGUUUUGAUUCAGAAUUUGAUUUUACUGCUGUGUUUCGUGUGCAAAUGAACGUGCGGUGCGCAUGCACACGCCAAUGGCAAAUCUGCGUGAAAAAGGAUGCACAGAUGUACAAAUCUACUUUGUUGACACAGUUUGGGCUGCUUAUUGGAAUUAUGGGAAUUCAUGGCCCGACAUUAUUUAAUUAGACGAACAUUUUUUGAGUUUUAGUCCUUACCCAGAAUAUAUAAAUACAUAUAGAUAAUUUACUUUAAUCAUUACUAUUGAAAUGUGAAGAGACUUUCAACCAGCACAACAAAAAUUGUUUCUGAAAACAAUCACCUACUGCACCUUUAAACACUUCAGAAUCUCAUGAGGCUACUGGAGAGAAUUUGCUAAUUGAAUUUACAAUUGGCGGUGGUAGGUCAUUUGGUAAUGACAAAAUGGCAGAUUUAGUACCUCCUGAAGCAUACUAUAUGAAACUACAUUUUUUUUCCAGUCAUUAAGUUAAUUGUAGCACCUACUUAGAAGGUACAGAAUUCAGACGAACCAACUCUGCUGAGAAAAAACAAAACAAAAAAAAACAGCUUAAACCAGCCUAGGCUGCUUGGCUGGUCAACCAGCCUGGUUUUAGAGGGGUUUUGGCCAUUCCAUUCUGGUUUCCAGCCAAUUCCAGCCUGGUCCCAGCUGGUCAGGCUGGGAGAUGACCGGCUAAAACCAGCUUGACCAUCCUAGCCAGACUGUGAGCCUAGCUAAAACCAGCUAUUUCCAGCUUAAAUCAGGCUGGUCAAGCUGGUUUUGGUUCUGACCAGCUAAGACCAGACUAAAAAUGGCUGAAAACUUGCUUGAAAAUGGCCCAAACCCCUCAAAAACCAGGCUGGUCGACCAGCUAAAACCAGCCAAUCAUCUUAGGCUACUUUAAGCUGUUUUUUCAGCAGGGAAUUGACUUGAACCUCCAAUCUAUGAGGGCGCACAAUCACAAGGUACCACCAAGGCAGUAUUUCUUUAGACUGUGACUUUUUAAAGUUCUUUGUUGUGUAUUUUUUUAUGCUUUUUUUUUUUAUUCGUGCAGCUGAAUGUGACGUUUUGUGGGUCAGAAUUUCAGGUCCAUCAUGAAUUCAUCGGAAAAUGAUAAUCAUAAUAAUUACAGAUCAAAUUACGUGUGUUUGAAGUUCAGUGAUGUGGAAGAAAACAGAGCUGUGGACUAAAAUAGAUGAAAGUGCAUGAGAACGAGCCAGUAUCUCUCUCUCUCUCUCUCUCUCUCUCUUUAAUCACACGCUGCCCAACAGGACGUCUGACCUCACCGUAAACCGUUUGCUUGAUCUCAGCGCUGUGAUGAUGAGCUCAUCCCAAAGCUGAAUCCAAAUAGUACAUUGACUGAAACUUAAACUCGCUUCUUGUAUCUCUUCUUUCUCUCUCAUUCCUGUCAGUUUUCAGCUUUUGCCUGUUCCCCCACCCCCACCCCCCUUUGGCUCUUGGCGAGGCCUGGAGGUGAAUCGGUGCUGUGGCCUGCUGAGGAAUGUCGAGUCAGCGAGAGGAGAAGAUCUGGAACCAAUCAGAACACAGGAGAGAGAGAGAGAGAGAGAGAGAGAGAGAGAGAGAGAGAGAUAGAUAGAAAGGAGAAGGUUUGGAUGGAAAGAGAAGACAGAGAGACAGUUGGAGAAGGAGGCUUUAGGUGAGCGGGAGUUACUGGAAGUGCUGGCGAGGGAAUGGGGAAUUACGUUACUGCUCCCUGCUGGAUGUUUGCUCAAAUAGCUUAUUUAAGAGCGCGUUUAGUGCUGUGAAGAUUUUGCCAAAGACAUCAAGUCGAAAUAUUGUUACAAAUGGGUACAGAGUGUUGCUGUUGCAUUCGCUUUUCAUUACAUUUAUUUUUAAUGCUUACAGAACAAUAUGCAGUUUGUUUGUUUGAUUGUUUAUUUCAGGACAAUGAACGUGAUUAACAAUGCAUCUUUUUAUAUAUAUGUAGACUUGCUUAAAGAGAUAGUUCACCCAAAAGUAAAAAUGGACUCCCUAUUUACUCUACCUCUAGUGGUUUUAAAGCCUAAUGAGUGUCUUUCUUCUGUUGGAUAAAAAAAAAAAUAAGGUUUUUAAGAAAAGUAAAAACGUGACCACUGAUUUCCAUCCUACAAAUAUUAUGAAAGUCCACAGAUAUUUACGUUAGAUGUCGCCUAUGCUAUUGUUGUCUAUUAGAAGGAAUGUGUCAAUAGAGCCGCCAUUUUAGUACAGGGUAGCAGUGAGCAGUGCACGUCGAACAGUUUAUCAAGAAUGUACCGCUGGAUCACGUCUUACUACAGUUGUUAAACUUGAUAUUUAAUUAAUCUUGCCUCUAUCUAACGACUCUUUGGUCUUUUGAAUCUAUCAGGUAGCAUGUCACAGCGUCAGUACACUGCUUCAAUCUUUCACUUUCACGCUUGUACUUAGUAGUUUUAGCGAAAACCUCAGAUACUGUUGAUUGGUUCCUGUUGGUUGUGCACCUUUUUUACCAACCAAUUUUGUGGAUGCCAUUAUAACGGCACAGAUCACUGCCUAUUCAUGCCAGAGUCCCGUAAAAAAAGUGAUUGACAGGUGGUAAUCUGUGUGUAACUUAAUUAAUUUGUUAUGAAUUAUUCAUAAAUAAUUCAUUCACCGCUGCCUAUGAGGAUGAUGCCAUCGUCCAUUGCAAUGGUUCACAUUAGACAUUGUACAAUGCCAAAUUGGUCGACAACGCCCAAACCUAAUUGAUAUAUUGCGUCUCAAUGUGAACACCCACCUAUCUGAUCUAUCUAAUAUUCAAUAAUUUAGGGUGGCAAGUAUGCACAUUAAGGCACAGGAACUGUUAUGUUAUCACGCACCCUUGAGUUACUUAGUAUUUAGUGCGAAUUUGGUGCUACUUUGCCUUAUGGUCAAUGCAUUAAGUGAUUAUUAGCAUCAAUAGCAUUACUUGUUUAGCACAAACAUAUAUAAAAAAACCUAAAAAAAAAAAAAAAAACUAAAUUUUACCUAUAAAAUGUUCUGCCUUUAUGCUUUGUUUUCUCGUUACUACACCCAUACACAGCACAACAGUUUAGCAUCUUCAGACUGGCUUUCGUCUUGACUAGUGCAGUUGAUUGACUUUUGUCCUGGGAGCACUGUACAAAUAUGGCGGCGGUAUUGACGCAUGCUCAGGGUCUGUAUAGAUAUCUAGUGUACAUAUCUAGGUAAGAAAGUCAAUGGUUACAUUUUUUCCAGCGUUUAACAGAAGAAAGGCAUUCACACGGUUUUGGAACAAGUACAGGGUGAGUAAAUGAUGAUAGAAAUUUCAUUUUUGAGUGAACGAUCUCUUUAAGGAAAUAAGCGAUUCUUGCUAAUCUCGACAAUUUUAUGUGGUUGGUAAAGCUUUUUUUUUUAACACAUUGCUAUGUGGUUGCUUACUCAGAUAAGCUCAGCAGAUGAGAUCUUAUCAUUAUCGGGUUGGCUUUAAUGGGGCUUUAUGUAAAAUUAAUUCAUCUUUGUUAUUAGUGACACUGGUGGCUGUUUAAAGGAACUACAGAACAGCAGAACUUUAUACUUAGGCAUCUAGUGAACGUUAUACUCGAUGCCAUUGUCAGCAUUUAUACUAUACUGAGUUCUAUUAGGGCUGUGCGAUAUUAAAGAAACUUGCGAUAUAGUAUGCUUAAUAAUAAUAUAUAUAUAUAUAUAUAUAUAUAUAUAUAUAUAUAUAUAUAUAUAUAUAUAUAUAUCUAUAUCAAUACAUAUCAGUUUCAAAUGAUAUAGCCAAGCGUCACUACAAUUUCUGAAUGUAAACAGCCAUAUUUUACUCUAGCAUAAAACAAAAAAGGUAUCUUAACAAUGUAAAUAAAAUACAUACUGUACAGUAUCGUAUCAAUAUUGCUCCAAAUUGUAAAAUUAUAUCAACUUCAUUGAGUUUUGUUUGGUUGUAUCAAA